AUGCAUCCAACAGAAUCCAAGGAUAUGCGUGGUGGCAGUUACUUACAGCUCACGGGCAAUCGUGGCACCAACCAAGGACAUCGUUUGUGCCCUAGAUGGGGCGGCGAAGGGAGAGACUCUCGAGGGUUUACGUCGGUUGAACCGGAAAUCCCUUCGUUGGAGAGACCUCGUGGAGACCUCGUGGCAGGGAAGAAUACUUGGUCAACUAACUCUCUUUCUUUUCUCUCCCCACCCGGCAAAGCCAACGCUAUCCUCCCCAGCUACUUCACUGCCUGGUUCCACAGCACCAUCUGCUACCUCCUCCCCCUCUACGGCACCACCAUAGCCACGUCUGCCGCGAAUCCACUAUUCCAUGAAACCCAAGCCUUGCACGCAUCUGGUGCGAGGGCGUGGUAUUGA